CCUCCGGUGGGAGUUCUUAGGGGAUGGUUGUCAAGGGCGCUAGCUAGAAGGAUCUCAGUCCAGAUCCUAGGAGGUUUUGGAGGGAGAGGGACUGAGGCAUCCUCCCGUUGUGGUAAACCACUCCCCAGCCUCAAGAGUUUUACACCUGGAAAGGCUUUGAGAUAGUCUAGGUAGCUGUUCCAACCGAGGUGCGGUGGGGCUUUGGAGGGAGGGAGGGGGGCGCAUGUAAGUUCCUUGGAAGUUACUGUUCCAUCGAUUUUGCCUACUUUUGUCCGUUUUGCUUUCAGACUGGAGGGUAAAUCCGGUCCCUGGCACUUUAUUUGGCCAGACGUCUAAGGAAUCAUCAUGAAUUUCAUGAAGGCUGAAGAGAACAAGUCAUUCAGCACUGUAGGAAAUGACCUGAGUACCGGACCUGAAAUUUCAAAGGAUACUACCAUGCAACAGACGUGUUCUGACACACCUGCUGAUCAGUUGCUGGCUAACCUACAAGUGAGCAUCAGAACCAUUAAGAUUAAAAGUGAAGUCAGUGAGCAGAAGAUAUCCCCUGAAAGUCAGAACCCACAUUUGAGCACCAGUAAAAAAUAUUUCACCUUUAUGCUUCAGAUAGGCUCCAGGAAGUCAGAUCAAACUAGGAAAACAGCACACGGUGGACUCAAUGAGAAUAUCGACUCAGCUCUGAAGAAUAAUGAACAUUUCAGAAGACAUGUGCAGGAUCCGUUUAAAUGGAACAUUAUGGCUUAUGAAGAGACAACAAUUAAAGGAUUUGUAAAUUUAGGAAUGCCUCUCAGGUGCCUACCUGAAAAGUCCCAUUUUAAAAUAACCAUUGUCCCAAGAAAAAGUAAGCAGGAAAAUUAUGAUCCGAUGUUACGCUUAUGUGAAAAUCCAGACAUUGAAUGCAUUCUUUUCCACGUUCUUUCUAUUGGGAAGAACAUAAAGAAGAUUGUCAAGAUCAUGGACCUUCAUGAAAAAGGAAGUAAACUUUGUGUCUAUGCCUUCAAGGGUGAGACUAUCAAAGAAGCCCUCUGCAAGGAUGGCCGAUUUCGGUCUGACUUAGACUCGCUCGAAUGGGAAUUAGUAGAAGGUCAUCAGAACGUUCAUGGGAAAGAGUCCACAGUGGAUCAAAUCUCUGGGAAACUUUUAGAAAUGGAGGUUUUAAUAAAAAAGGAUAAGAAGAAAGGUACCGGUACAAAAAUUAAACAGAGGAAUGAAAAUGCCACUGAUGAAAUCAAUCACCGUGAUUCAAUAUGGUCUAAGAGCACAGUCCAUGAACCAGGGCCAAAUGGAGAGACUGAAGACACAGAACACAACAGAGAAAAAAUUCUCCCAUUUCAAAGUCUAGAGAGUAAGAAACACCGGACAAUUUCCGAAAUUAAAGGUUAUUAUGAUGGAAGUUUCAACACAAGUUGUAUGGGGGAAACCUCACAAGUUAGGCUAAGGUCCCCUCUUCCUAUAGAAUGUGCUUUUUAUACGGAUAGGCAAAAGGAAGCGACUAAUUCCUGGAAGAAGAAUGUAAAAAUUUUGGGAAAAGCUAUAAUGCAUCGAUAUCCAUUUUUUAAUGAAGAGGUGCUUAGGGUAAGAAAGUAUUUGGAGGAAGAACAAAAGAGAAACCUGCCACCAUUUGAACAAUUCAACAUAUAUAAAGAGUACUUUGGAAAAGUGACAGAAAAUUCCACUUCAGUUGAAACCUGUGAACGUCUUAUUCAUCAUAGCGAGUCUGUUGGGUUUAUGAAAUGGGACGUUAAUGGAAACUCAGGCAGUGCUACUUGCUUUGUCAUAAAGAAUGGUUAUAUUUUCACCUGUCGACAUGUUUUAGAUCUCAUCCUGAGAGACAGUACAAAUCCAAGUUUGCAGUUGGAUAUAAUAAGCAGCUGUGUAAAGGUGACUUUCUCUUACAAAAGUUUCUGCCCUAAAGACAAUGAUUGGUUUUCCCUUGAGAAAUGUUUUGCAGUGUCUGAUGAAACUCUAGAUUAUGCCAUAUUAAAACUAAGCAAAAAUGGACAUAGAUUUCCUCCAGGCCUGUUUCAACAUGUUUCCCCUCAACCAUCAGGUGGUUUGAUUUAUUUAAUUGGUCACCCAGAAGGCCAGAUCAAGAAAAUAGAUGGUUGUAUGGUGAUUCCUCUGGAGCAACGGUUAGAGAGUUACCCAGAAAAUCAUCGAGAUAGGGUGGCAGGAACCCAUGCUCCCAUUUAUAAUGCUUGUCCUGUGCUUACCCAAAGAAGUUUCCUGACAGAGGCUUGGAGCCGUGAAACACUUAGUUAUGAUACUUGCUUCUCCAGUGGGUCCUCUGGCUCCCCAGUGUUUAAUGCAUCUGGCCGUUUGGUUGCUAUGCACUCCUUUGGGCAUUUUUAUAGACAUGAAAAUAAGGUUUAUGCUCUUAUUGAAUUUGGCUAUUCUAUGGAUUCAAUUCUUAGUGAUAUCAAACGGAAACAUGAGCGCUUGUACAAAUUAUUAGAAGAAGAGGAAAAUGAGAACCAUGAAGAAGAGAGAGAGAAUACACGAGAGUCAUCACUUCGAGAUCAUCAGGUUGAACCCAUGGAACAUUAGGAAAAGGAUGCUGCUUUCAAAAAAUAUGCCCAAAAUUCAGUGAUUUGGGGCGGUUUCUGUAGAGUAUAAUGGAUAUUAUUUCUUUUAGAAAAGUUCCAGAGAAUCAUGUAGAUACACAAAAUGUAUUAGAGCUCAAAUAAAUAUUGAUUUUUUUUUUCUCA